UCGCCCCGCCCACUCCGUUGACACGCGUGUUACCUGUUUGCAGCAUGGCGUCUUCGGCUAAGAGGAGAGCUGUAGGCUUGGGCGAAAAUCCCGAGGAAAGUGAAAAUAGCUCCGAUGAAAAUCUGGAGGAGGAUGACGAUUCCGAGGAAGAGGACAGCGAGGCAUCAGAGGAAGAGAUCAAUGAGGAGGUCGUUGUGGACUUCGAAGCCCACACCAUUUCAGACAGCUACUUCAAUGGCAUCAAGAAACUACUGCAGCAGCUCUUCCUGAAGGCCCAUGUAAAUACAUCAGAGAUGACAGACAUCAUCAUUCAACAGAAUCAUGUUGGAAGUGUCAUCAGGCAAGCUGAGGUUCCAGAGGACAGUGAUGACGAUGACCCAGAUGAAGUGUUUGGGUUCAUCACUAUGCUCAACCUAACAGAGAGAAAGGGCGUGCAGUGUGUGGAGGAGGUAAAGGAGCUGAUCCUGGAUCAGUGCGAGAAGAACUCUACCCACAGCGUGACAGAACAAUUAGAGCAGAUCCUCAAUGACACCAGCAAGCCUGUGGGGCUACUGCUGAGUGAGCGCUUCAUCAAUGUACCUCCACAGAUCGCCCUUCCACUGCACAAACAGCUCCAGGAAGAAAUAGCUGAAGCUCAGAGGACAAAUAAGCCCAGUGGGAGGUGUCACUAUUGUCUGAUGAUCAGCAAGACCUGCAAAGAGGCAACCAAGAGUAUCCCAGCCAGAGGAGGAGCUCCCAAAGAGGAAUGCAUGUUUGUCAAUGCAGAGGAGGAAUUCUUCUAUGAGCAAGCCAUCAUGAAGUUCCACUACUCUGUCCAGGAGGAGGCAGACUCCUGUUUGAGCGGCAGGUGGUCGUUCGACGACGUCCCCAUGAAGCCAUUCAGGACAGCGAUGUUGAUACCAGCAGACAGAAUGCCUGCCAUCAUGGACAAACUCAAAGAAUACCUAACUGUCUGAACCUCACAACAAACCAAGACAUCUAUGUGUGCACCAAGGACUUUCAGGGUCGUAGACACGAUUCACUGUUAUCUUAAGAGACUCUAGAAGAAAUCUUUUGAUACCAUCAACUGCUGUGGUCGCAGUAUUGUACAUGUACAACAUGGUUUCUUUUUUCAGCGAUUGUAGAUAGAAUUUUUACAAAUUCCUGGUGAAGAAACAAUAGCAAGAAAUCAACAUAUACCCUGCUUACAGUGCUGAAAUAUACAACGGUUAAAACACGAAUAUGAAUAGAAGUAUGGCACAGAGUUUUUUUUUUGUUGUUUUUUUUUUUAACAAAGAUUUCUGUUCAUAACAAGAUUAUGAGCCAUGACAGUUAAAGAUAAAUAUUUUGUGCUAAUGACAGCUGAAAUGGAGGAGUCUGGAGUCUGGUCUCAGCAGAUGGAGGAGGAAAGGAUGUGUCAUUCGCAAUUAAGUCAAAUUACUGCCUAGUAAAGCUCUAUAAAUUUAACAAAUUGAUAGCAAUUCCAGAUUUUCCUUGAUGAUAUAACUUGUUGAAAACUGAUUGUAACCAAUUUGAUUUGGUUGAAUUUGUUGACAUUAAAUCAAAUUAACAGUCACCUGUGGGGUGUCUUUGUGCCAAAAUGCCAGUUUACCAGCAAUUUUUUAAUUAAGCAUUUAUGUAGAUCUAUCAUUUGCUUUCUUAAUCUGGAAGCAUGUCAGCUCAUCCAUAAUGUUUAAUACACACCAUGUUAACCCGAAGAGAAAGGUGUACCAACACCUCUGAAAA